ACAAAUUUCUGUGGAACAGUAGUAGGGUUUAUUAUAUUCGACGCUCUCUCACUAUACUCACUCAGCCACUGUCUCCCAAUUUUCCAAAACCCAGCAAUCAACUCUCCCCAGGCACCACCUGUGGAACGAUAUUGUGUUCGUAUACAUUGUGUCUGUAUGUGAAGAUAAUGCGACCUCCGCUUUACCUUCUUUAGAUUUUGCUGUCUAUAUCUAAGUCAUGCAAGCUGGCAAUGUUGGCGUGGCCGGGCAAGCAUUUGCUCUUGCCUCCAGCAGUGACUCGGGUGGGAAGAAGACUCGAAUUAGACGGUCAAAAGAGGAGAGGAAAUCUAUAGCUGAAUCUUUCAUAAAGAAAUAUCAGAUUUCGAAUGAUGGAAAUUUCCCAUCCCUCAACCUUACACACAAAGAAGUUGGUGGUUCAUUCUAUACAGUUAGGGAGAUUGUUCGAGAGAUCAUUCAAGAAAAUCGAGUCUUAGCUCCUCCUAAAGAGUGUCCUGAUGAAAAUGGCCUAUUCUGGAGUCUUAGAACAGCGCCAUUUGGAUCUCUAUCAAUGGAACCGAAUGUCGACUUGUCAGUAUCAGAUAGAGGUGAUGAGGUAACAGAAAAUGUUUCCACUUCCAGUGAAUCUUAUGAGUUGGCUGACAAAGAUGGAGGUUCUGAUCGGACAAGUGAAAGCCAUCAUGUACCUAAUGAUUAUCUUGAUGAAAGCAUGGAAGAGGUUUCAAACUUUCCUCAAACGAAAAGCCACAAGUUUGAGGAAAACAAUGUGAACGGAUUUUUGGUGGCUGAUCAUCCCAUAGAUAUUGAGGAGGGGUCAGGGAGUCGAAUGCAUAGUAACGAGCAAUAUCACAUUAAGAAUGAUGAGACAGUUGACAGGGAGAGAGAAUUCGAGGAAAUAAUUCAUACUGAGCCUACAGCAAUCAAGAUGCCGAAUCAAGAGAAACUCGAAGCUCAAAAUGUAGAAUCGUCUCCAUCUUUUAAAUCUCUUACUAACUCUGGUAUAGUGGUGGAAACAUUUCCUUUGAGGCCUGUACCUACAACAAUUGAAACUGAGAAAAUGGUGGGAGAAUCUGGUGAACGACAAGGGGAAACUGAAGAAAAGAAGACAUUUACGCAGAGCCCUUUGAGUUUUGUCAGUGAGAAAGGUGACAAUAAGCUUUCACAUUCAACAGCGGAACUGAAUGGUGAAAACAGGGAUGCAAGAGUGGUGCUAAAUCUUCAAGGCCCCUCGAUGGAAAAUGCCAUGCAUACAUCAGCAACUAAAACCAGUGAGCUCGAUGCAGGUAGCAUUGGAGAGCUUGAAUCUGAGGAUUCCUUGCCUGAUGGUGCUAAGGCCAGCAGUUCUACCAAAAUGUUGAUGUCUGAAAACUCCACCGCAGUUGUAGAAAAAUCGAUAGAUGCAAAGGGAAACAAUCCCACACUGGACAAAAUCAAUCUCAGUGAAACUUGGGAUGGCGCAGCGAAGAAAUCUCCUCAGCCCGAAAGCAAUCCACUCCUGGCAUUGGUGAAAUCGAUUAUCUCUUCGUUUGUGAAGUUUUGGACUGAGUAAUUCUCAUUUUUUUGUGCCCUCCUUUGAGCAGUACCGCCUUUUAGAUGUCUUCGGAGUGGUUUUGAUGGUUCAUGAGUAGUUGUUUGUUGGUAGUUAUAUGGUUUGGAUUGAAGAAGAUGGUCUUUUUUUUACUGGGAAUAUAUUCUGCCAUGUUAAAAUAGAAGAUGUUUGUUUGUUUGUUUGUUAUUCAAUAUACAAGACUUGGUGUGUGUUUCUAUGUGUAA